AUGGAAUUACCGCAAACAUUUUCCGUUUCGAGUGCUAUGAGCUCAAGUACGGCGUUCAUAAGGGAAGUCAAUACAGCCGAGUCAACCAAGAAGUUUCACCCUGAGCACCAGCCAAGUCAGACGCCUUCGAUAAAUGCAUCAGAGAAAGCUCUGGGUACUCGCAAUCUUUGCGCAGUAGGGGUGCUCAUAGGAUGGAUUGCUGGCAUUGCAUGCAUAGUAACAGGGGCACAUAUGAUUGCCAUUAAGGCGCCACUAGCACCCUAUUUUAAGGGAAAAUACGUCGGUAUUGGCACUAGGGGCUACUGCUUUGUUCCAGGAUUAGCUGGAGAUGGCCAAUGGAACAUGAAGGGCCAUCACAUGUACGUCCUUCCUAAAAGUGUUCAGUUAUUGAUUACCCUGGGAUUGAACAUAGCGGCCAAUAUUCUUCUUGAUUGUAUGGGUUAUAUUCAUUCAACGACGUUGAAAUGGGCUUUGAUUCGGGAAAAUCGCCUCCAAAAAAAUUCAAACCUUCGGCUCUUCUCUUGCGCGAAAUCCUGUUUCCCGAAUAAGUGGUAUAUGAAUGCCAUUUCUCUGCUGUCCUUGGCAAUAACAUAUGGGGCUUUGGCAUCGCUCACAACGGGCAUGGAUAUGCUCACACUUUGCAAAUUGGACGCCGGAACCGUGCAGAAUAUCGAUUGGUAUGAGUCUAAUGAGGGGCCUCAGGAUGGUUUGGAUUUUAAUGGUUUUGCAAUGGUUGGUUUAGGAAUAGGUCUCUCGCUCCAGGCGUUUGUGUCCACCUGCUCCCUUUGCAAAUCCGGUCUAGUAGGUACAUGGAGUUCACAUCCUUUAACAGUUGUUAAAGUAUACACUGGUAUAAGCUCUUGCGAGAGCAAAUCCGAGAGGUCCCUCAGUGAUUCAAAACUAUCGCCUCAGGUAUCCGUAUCGACGAGACCUAUAUCUGGUACAUCACAUAUGGAAGCUAUUACAGAUUCCUCACACUUUCCAUUUCCACCAUCACCAACGAACCCUGAGUCUCUACGCCUAUCUUCAUGUGCUUCGCAGGAAAUUUCCCUCUCGUUUCCACAAUCACGGCAACCAUCUAUGCUAUCAAUGCUACCGAGUGUUUGUCGUAUCCAAUAUCUUGUAUGGGCAUUUUUUGGAGCAUUUGCAAUCUGGUCCGGCGCGGUGGCAAUAUCUGAUUCCAAGACUGGCAGAUGGUCUGGGUAUCUUUCCAAUACUAGUACUCUGGAGUAUUGGAAAAAGUUUGGACUGGCUGAUUUCGACUUUUCUGAUAAUAUUCAGCUCCGGUAUCAACAAGACCUAGUUGGCCUUUGCAUCCAGAUUGCCGUUCAGUCUUCCAUAACCUUCGGUCUUCAUUGCACCGAGCUUGUUAUAAACGUGUCUAGAGAUGAGACGAACUGGCGAAAGGCAUCCACCGUGGGUAUAGCGACAGAAGAUAACAGUAACCCAGCCAAGUCGUUCACCACCAGCUGGCAAAGCAUGACACUUAUGGUAUUCAAGUCAGUUAUACAGUGGGUUUUCGGCUAUGCUUUCAUCGCGGACGAUGCAGUUGACAUGGGGCUUUUGCCGCUGGCAACGAUGACCGGCCUGUUCCUGUUGCUGGCCAUCUUCACUGAAUACCUUGUCAGGCGUAGACCGAAAGGCUACCAGCCUGCAACAUACGGUGAUAUUCAGUGGAUGGCUUACUUUAUAGAUGAGUGGGAUCACAAGCUUCUUUUCUGGGGUGACAAGGGCGAAAUUGACCGUGGCAUCCGCAAAGCAGGAACAGCUGGUCAUCGUCUGUCUGACAUCCGUCCGGACGUUCCUUACGUUGGUCUUACUAUGGAGUAG